UGUUUUGUCUCUCUCUGACUCGUAGUACACACACUUUGCCCACAUGGACUGUGAGUAGUACAAUAAUUAUCCCAAAUUUCUUGAACCUUAAGUCUCGAGACUCGUAUGUGACAAGAAUAUAUGUUUCAAUUCCCUGGAAAAAUGGCUCGGUAUAUUCUGAUUCUCGUCUUCACUCUACUCUUCCUCGUUGUCUCCGCCUCCGCACACGGCGGAGAUUCCGAUUCCGAUUCAGAUUCGCCAUCGGAGAAGCCCAACUUGAGAUCUAGGUCUCUGAUUCUGGUGAAAAUAUGGUGCCUGAUACUGGUGUUUGUUGGGACUUUUGUAGGGGGAAUUUCGCCUUACUUCAUGAAGUGGAACGAGGGUUUUUUGGUAACUGGGACGCAAUUCGCUGGUGGGGUUUUUCUGGGGACUGCUUUGAUGCAUUUCUUGAGUGAUUCUAAUGAGACAUUUGGGGACUUGACUGAAAAAGAAUACCCAUUUGCAUAUAUGUUGGCGAGUGCUGGAUAUUUGCUAACUAUGUUGGCUGAUUCUGUUAUUUCUUAUGUUUAUGGGAAACAGAAGAACAAUUCUGAUCCUCAGAUCCAAGGUUCUCGCAACAAAAAAGGCUCCGUUAACGGAAUACCUUCGCACUCGCAGUUGCAGGUCGAGACCGGUACCGAUGAAAAUCUAGCUAAACAUUCCCUCACGAUUGCUACUUCACUCGGAGAUAGCAUCUUGUUAAUUUUUGCACUAUGCUUUCAUUCGGUGUUUGAGGGCAUUGCGAUUGGAGUAGCCGAGACAAAGGCAGAUGCUUGGCGAGCCCUUUGGACCGUCUGUCUACACAAGAUAUUCGCCGCAGUUGCAAUGGGGAUAGCUCUUCUUAGAAUGAUUCCGGAUCGUCCCCUAUUAUCUUGUGUAGCUUAUGCUUUUGCAUUCGCCAUAUCAAGUCCUAUCGGCGUUGCCAUUGGAAUUAUAAUAGAUGCAACGACGCAGGGAGCUGUUGCAGACUGGAUUUACGCGAUAUCUAUGGGUCUGGCUUGUGGAGUUUUCAUCUAUGUGUCGAUUAACCAUUUACUGUCAAAGGGUUAUAAGCCUCAAAAAUCGGUUUCAGUCGAUACGCCACACCAUAAAUUUAUGGCCGUGUUGUUCGGUAUCGGCGUGAUUGCUGUCGUAAUGAUUUGGGAUACUUAAGCUUCCUUUGAUGUUUCUUGAGUACAUGUAAACACGAGUGAUAUGUAAUAUUUAAAUCAAACACGGUUAAUUUCAGUUAGUUACUGUGAUAUUGAUAUUUAGAAUGGAGGUCAUUGAACUUUCACCCUUAUUGCAA